CUGAUUCCCCGACAUCAUCAUUCAGUGGCGCUUCGAAACGCGAUCCUAUAGGACCACAGGUUUUAAGAAUCCAUUUCAACACCUAAAUAUUGUGUCUCGGUGUCUGUUUACAAAGUUUAUUAUUUUCGUUUACUCUCCGUGGAAUACGUUCGAUCCACGUUUUUGUUGGCGUCCAUUCGUGGAAGUGGCUUUGUGGGAAUCUAUACACUACACUUUCCAACAACUUCUUCUUCGGAGUUUGCUAUCACGGGUGCAGCUGGCUAGUUUUAUUCCCGAAACUCUUCGGAAAAGCUUCGAUCUUUUAACUGCUGUUCUUCCUUUCGCCUGUUUAAGAAUUGAGUUUUGCACCCUUUCUCGCUUACAUACACACACUUACAUCACAAACUAUCCCAUUAAAAAUCUACCAAAAAAUGUCCGUAAUAGCCAAUAAUAUCGAUUACCAGCAGAACGCUGACUGUGACCAAAACAUGGCAUCGCCAUCACAAGCCAGUCCACUUGCUUCGGCACCGUCCGGAGCUGCUACUUCCACUGGUGGCAACAGUUCCAGCAGCCAUAAGGCAUCUCUAGCGGCAGCUGCAGGAAGUUCCAGUGGAGUCACCGAUAGCACUACUCAGGUUCUAACCAAACCCCGCCUGCAAGAAUUGGUGCGUGAAAUCGAUCCCACCGAGCAGCUGGAUGAGGAAGUAGAGGAACUUCUGCUGCAAAUUGCGGACGAUUUCGUUGAGAAUACAGUGAACGCGGCCUGUCUACUGGCCAAACAUCGAAAGGUCUCCAAAGUGGAAGUUCGCGAUGUUCAGCUUCAUCUCGAACGCAACUGGAACAUGUGGAUCCCGGGCUUUGGAACGGAUGAAUUGAGACCCUACAAGCGUGCGACGGUAACCGAAGCCCAUAAGCAGCGAUUAGCGUUGAUUAGAAAGGCAAUCAAAAAGUAUUAGACGUAUGGAUUAUAAACUGAAUACCCUUUCCUUAAUAUAGUAACCUAAUUCCUCACUCCACCAAGAGUAACAAGAA